AUGGAGAAAGAAUUAAUUGUAGACUCAUAUAUCGGAUUUAAUGGAAACAUAACAAAUAAUUUAAUAUUAGUUAAGCAAGAAAAAUGUAUGGAUAGAAAAGUUUAUUUAGAAAAAUUAAAAAGUAUAGAAAAUGAAGAAAUGAUGGAAAAUGCAAAAAAAAAAAAAUUAAAAAGUGUGUAUAAUUUAAAAAAUAUUAAUAUAAAUCAUAAUUAUUAUGAAUUAAAAAAAGAAGAAUUAAAAUAUAAUUUUUUUAUGAUUUAUGGGAUUGGUACAAAUAUAAUAAAAGAAGAUAUUGUAAAUAAUACUAGAACUAUUUUUAAAAGUGAUCAAAAUAAAAUAACAAAAUUAUAUAUUGAUAAAAAUCAAAAAUAUAUUUGCUGUUGUAAAGAAAGUAAAUUAAUGUCAACUAUUUGUAUAUAUGAUUUUGAAAAUAAAAAUAAACCAAUCACAUUAUCAUUACAUAAGUUUAAAACAGAAGAUAUAUCCAUAAGCAAUGAUGGAAAAUAUAUACUUUCAUCUGGUGGAGAAGAUGAUAAACAAUUAAUAUUAACAGAAAUAUCAAACCAAUAUUUUAUUUAUAAAACCUCCUCUGAUUUUCCCUAUUCCAAUGUCUCUUUUUUUCAUAAGACAAACAACUUUAUAAUAGCCAAACUAAACAAUAUACGAAUUUGCAACUAUGAUUUUACAAAAAAGUUAAUGAGCUAUGAAGAUAUAAAUACGUCAAUCUACAAAAGAAAGUUCGUUUGCUUAGAACUCAAGGAAAAUGAUGAGCAAGCCUUUUUUGGAACGACAACAGGGGACAUUCUUGUGGUGAACAUAAAGUCAAAGGUGUUAGAAAAAAUAAUACCUGAAAAAUAUUUAUUCGGUAAUGGGAUAAAUGUCGUAAAAAGUUUAGACGACCAAACAAUUUUAACAGGUAGCGGUGAUGGAUAUGUUAGCUUGAUAAGUGUACCAGAAAAGAAAAUAAUUAAACAGACAAAAAUAUAUGGAUCAAUCAAUUCUAUUCAAAUGCGAAACAAAUCAACAUUGUUUAUUAGUGUGUGUGAAAAUGUUAUAUAUGUAAUGGAUAUUAAUACAUAUAAUUAUAAUGUUUUAUUAUUAGCUCAUAAUAAUUAUAUACGUGAUUUAUGCUUUCCUGAAAAGUACAAUUAUAUCAUGUAUACAUGCAGUUCUAAUAAUGUUAUGGCAUGGAUGUUUUAUGAUAAAAAGGCUAUAUAUUUAAAAAAUAUAAGUAAAGGUAAAUUUAUUUAUUACGAUAAAAAAUUUUUAAGUAUUCCUACAGAUAAAUAUCAAAAAAUAUGUAAAAUAAAUAAAAAUAAUAUUGAAAAAAUGAAUAAUAAAAUAAAAAAUAAAAAUACAAGUAUAGAUAUAGGACCACCAGAAAAAAUAAUUAAUGAUAUAACAUGUUAUAAUAUAAAAAUAACAAAAGAUGGAAAAUAUAUUGCUUUGUCUAUGCAUAAUAAUAUUUAUUUACUAACGUCAAAAUAUAUGAAAAUCGUUGCUAUUAUAAUUAUACCUCAUUAUGAUUAUUGCAAUGUCUUAAUGUUUUAUAAUGACUAUGAUUUAAUAACUGCUGGAAAUAAUGGAGAUAUAAAAUUCUGGAAAUUUCAAAACAAAAAAUAUAUUAACAUCAACACAAUAAAUUAUCAUACCACCAUAAUUAACAAAAUUAUUCUAUACAAAAAUAAAUAUCUUUGUAGUUGCAGUGAAGAUGGACUAAUAACUAUUUACAAUAUCGAAGAAAAAGAAAUUGUUAAAAAAAUAAUAGAUUUAAAUAAUGUGCGAUAUAAACAAAUCGCUAUAAAUCAUAAAUAUGAUAUUCUAUUAUGUUGUGGAAAUAACAACAUUUUUAUGUAUUAUGAUUUAAUAAAAAAUGAUGUUAGCAAACAUUUUUAUUAUUCUCCAUACCAUAAUGUCCUUUCUGUUGAUAUUGAUGAUAAGGGAAAGUACUUUAUAACAGGAUCUGACGAUUGCAGAUUAAGGCUAUAUGAAUUCAAAAGUUGCACAUGCUUAUAUAUAGGAAAUGCCCACAACGAUGCUAUAAAUAAAUGUUUAUUUACAUAUGAUAAUCAUUUUAUAAUUUCAACAUCAAAGGAUGAAAGCAUAAUAUACUGGAAGGUUCCCCAUGAGACAAGGGAAAUAGAAUGUGAAACUUCCGAAAAGAAAGCUUAA